AUGCCAAUGGGAUCACUUGGCAAAGUCUACGCAAUAUAUGACAGCCCUUUCUGGAGAGAGGAUGGACUGAGCGGCAAGGCUAUGGGCCUUCAAGGAGCAACAGUACAGACCACCUUCGACAGCUCGCCAGAAGAUGGGUCAUUUGGGGCAAUAAUAGGGUUCCUGGAGGCAGAUGAGAUGCGAAGGCUCGACACUGCCAGCGAGGAGGAAAUCCAAAGCCUGGUGCUAAAGGACUAUGUCAACUUCUUCGGUCCCAGAGCGAGAGAGGUCAAGGAGUGGGUGAUUCAGCGAUGGGACAACGAAGAAUACUCCAGAGGAGGUCACUUCGCCGUCUCUCCGCCCAACACAAUGACACGAUUCGGUAGUGCAUUGGCCCAGCCCGUCGGCAGAUUGUUUUUUGCUGGAACUGAGGCAUCGCCAUACUGGGCUGGCUUCAUGGACGGUGCCGUUCGAGCAGGAGAGAUGGCAGCAGAUGCAGUUUUAGAUCAUGAAACGGGAACAGUAGUCAGUAGACUCUAG